AUGGAAAUUGAUGGAUCUAAAGAAAUUUUUCUUGGUCAAGUUGUGAAUAAUAAGGAUGAGGCCUACGACUUGUAUCAAGAACAUGCCUUCAAAAUGGGUUUUAGCGUACGUAAGGGGAGGGAGUUAUAUUAUGAUAAUGAGAAGAAACAAACACGCUCAAAAGAAUAUUAUUGUUCUAAACAAGGGUUUAAGAACAACAAACUCGAAGGUGAAGUGUCUUAUGAGAGAGCAGAUUCAAGAACAAAUUGUAAUGCUAUGGUGAAAUUUAAUGUGAGCAAGGAAGGUUUAUAUACAAUAACCAAGUUGGUAUUGAAUCACAAUCAUGAGUUUGUACCUCCUGAGCAAAGACAUAUGCUACGUUCUAUGAGAAAUUUGUCAAAUGCCAAAGGUGAUGUCAUAAAGUCCAUGGUGAAUUCUGGUAUGAAAGUUACAAAUGUUUGGAGUUAUCUUGGUGAAGAAGUUGGAGGAUUUAAUAAUCUUGGUAUAACUUUGAAAGAUAUGCACAAUUAUGUCUACACAGAAAAGUUGAAGUCAAUUGAAGCUGGUGAUGCUCAAGCUUUAGUUAACCAUUUACAAAAUAGACAAGCACAAGAUAUCAUGUUCUACUACAGUGUGCAGUUAGAUCAGGAAUCACGUUUGACCAAUGUCUUUUGGAGAGAUGGUAAAUCUAAAAUUGAUUAUGACUGUUUUGGAGAUGUUGUUGUUUUUGAUACUACUUAUCGUACUAAUAAAUACAAUUUGAUUUGUGCUCCAUUUGUUGGUGUAAACCAUCAUUGGCAAAAUGUCAUGUUUGGUUGUGCCUUUUUAUUUGAUGAAACCGCCACUUCUUUUACUUGGUUGUUCAAGGUGUUUUUGGAGAGUAUGGAAAACAAUCAACCAAAAACUAUCUUUACGGAUCAAGAUUCAGCUAUGGCAAAAGCAAUUAAAGAGGUAAUGCCAAAUGCAUGUCAUCGAUUAUGUUUGUGGCAUAUAGCUAAAAAUGCUCCUUCACAUUUAGGAUCUCUCAAAUCUAAUCCGAAAUUUCAAAGCUUGCUUAAUAAAUGCAUGACUGGUUGUGAUUCCGAAGAAGAAUUCCAAAACACUUGGGAUGGAAUGCUAAAAGAGUUUGACCUUCAUGACCAUCCAUGGUUAAGUAACAUGUACAAAAUUCGUCAUAAGUGGAGCACUGCAUAUAGUAAUAAUGUAUUCUCUGCUGGUAUCAAGUCUUCUCAAAGGAGUGAGAGUACAAACAGUGUAUUGGGUAAUAUUGCAGGGAAAACAACAAGUCUCACUGAUUUUUUAGUAGCAUUUGAGAAGAUGGUGAAAAAGUGGCGACAAUUAGAAGUUGAGAAAGAAUUCAAAAAUAGCCAAAGUGCACCCCCUCGUGUGAUAAAUAUCAGUGAAACUUUACGACAUGCAUCUAAGAUAUAUACUCACAAAAUCUUCAAAUUUUUUUUGAAAGAAUAUCUUGAUGGAACAGGUGGAAGCACUUCUAUAGAGAUUGGUCAACGUGAUAAUGUGUCAUAUCAUGAAGUGAUAUUUAACCAUGUGUCCAAUAAAAAAUAUAUGGUGACUUUAGACUCCUCCACCGGGAUGAUCAGUUGCAGCUGCCACAAGUUUGAUUCCAUGGGCAUUCUUUGUAGUCAUGCUUUGCGAAUUUAUAACAUUAAAGGUAUUUUAAAAAUACCUGACAAUUACUUCUUAAGAAGAUGGUCGAAAAAUGCAAGGUCUCAAAUUUAUGAGCAAAGGAGUUCUGAAGAAGACUCUACCUCCAAUUCAAUGAUCAAUGGUGAUGACGCUGGUAUUCUUUACCGCAAUGCUAUUAUGAAAUCAUUUUACAAUCUAGUUUUGGAGUCUCAAGACCACAAAGAAGCUCAACAAAUCAUGUGGGAAUUGCUCAAUAUGGGAUUUGAGAGGGUUCGACAGUGUAUUGGCAAGUCUAAUUCAAAAUCAAAUGCAGAAACCACAAAGAACAAUUUCAUGCAAAAUGAAGAAAAUGAAUGUGCUCCAAUUUGUAAUCCGCCUUUAGCAAAGACUAAAGGAAUGUCUGAUACUCGCAAGAAAGGACAUUUUGAGAAAAGAAAGCGAACAACGACAAAAGCAAAAAAACAAAAUAAAGAGAAACAAAAUGAAGACAUUUUGGGUGGUACGAAUAAUCAUGUGAGGGAGCCAAUGUUUUAG